AUGUCGACAAAAGCCGAAUCGAGUUCUGCCGACGACAUCCGCCGCAGCAAACGCAAAUCAUGCCCCUCUGAUGUGAUGAAAACGCGAUGUGCCGUCACAUGUUGUGGAAAUACAGAAGAUAGCAAAACCGAAAACGGCAAAUUCGUCGAGUUCUUCGGCCUGCCCGACAAGCACGACAAGGAAACGAACCGGAAACAGUGGGUGAAAAACGUGCGCGGGAUUGCCGGCAUGUUGCCGUAUCAGCAGAAGAUCUGCUCCGUUCAUUUUGUCGACGGCCAUCCCACGAAGGAAAAUCCAGUCCCGACGCUUUUGCUCAGCAAACGAAAAAUUGUGCCCGGACCGGAAGCCAAAAAGCCCCGUUCGAUAAAGGAGGAACUCUUUGAUGAGGAUGAAUACGACGAAUUCGGAGGCUACGAUGAAAAAGCGCACUCGUCGGCUUCUACAGCUCCGUUCUAUCGGCGGAAAGCUCCCUCCGACCCGAACUUCAUGGUAAAUUCAACGGACGCUAAGGCAAUCUUUGAGCAUCUCGGCCAAAUUCGAGUGAAAGGAGAUGAAGGAUGUUGCAGGCGGAUUUUGAAUGGAAUGCGAAGACAAGCCCGCUACAUGAACGCGCAGAUGCGGAUGAUGGAGAACAUUACACAAGAGGUUGAGAAUUAUAAAAAGAAUCCAGGCGGCGUGGGCGGCUGGGCGCUGAACGAUUACCUGGCCCGGUUUGGUCUUCGCCAUCAGCAGGGCUACAACCCGGAAACCCGCCAUUUGGCCGGAUACACAGCCGCCGACCCCGCUGCGCUGCCGCGCCAGGCUGCAGCCGUCAACGCUCUGUUCGACCACCAUGAUGAUGAAGAUGAGAAUGACGAGGGCGGGCCCGAGUUGGACGAGUUUGCCGUUGAGGACAUGAUGCGAGAGGGCAAAACCGACACCGAAAACGACGACGAGGCCGCCCCGGAUUUGACAGAAGAAGGUCAAGAUUCGCAAGCUGAACAUCAGGAAGAUGAAGAAGACGAUGAGGAAGAGGAUCAGGGCGCACGCGACGACCCGGAUGACUCGGAUUAUCAUGAA